ACUUAAGCACUCGAAGUCGAUCUGGACUGAGGUAGAGAUAUAGUUUGUGUCUAAGAUUUGCGGGAAUGAGCACAACAGUGGAGGACGUGGUGAUAGUGGGAGGAGGCAUAGCCGGGCUGGCGACGGCGGUGGCGCUCAAGAGAGCUGGAAUAGAAGCUUUGGUGUUGGAGAGAUCGCAAGGGCUGCGAUCUACCGGUGCAGCCUUGACUCUGUUCCCAAAUGCCUGGUUUGCUCUUGAUGCCUUGGGGGUUUCUCAUAAGCUUGCUGCUUAUAAACCCUCUCUCAAGAAUUUUAUAACUGAUCUGGAUACUGGAAAAGUUCAAGCAGUAUCUCUCACCAACGCCAAAGGGUAAGCUAAUUAAGCAAAGAUUAUUUUUAUGUGUUCAGCAUUGGACUAUAAAUUCACGCCAAUAGACAUAUGAUUUGAAUGUUGAAUGUCAUCUUCAAUCAUCAUGAAUAUAUGCAGUGAUGCAAUUGGGCCGAGAUCGGUUCAUCGGAAAGCCUUGCUCGAGGCUUUGGCGGAGGAAUUACCGGUUCAUUCAAUCCGUUUCUCUUCCAAAAUCUCUGGUAUCGAAACACAACAACAUGAAGGUUCAUCCAUUGCCAUUGUUCACAUGGAAAAUGGAACUGUCAUCAAAGCAAAGGUUCUCAUAGGAUGUGACGGGGUUCACUCAGUGGUGUCACGCUGGUUAGGACUCAGUGAACCAGUUCAUUCAGGUCGAUCAGCUGUUCGCGGCUUGGCUGUGUAUCCCCAAGGCCAUGGACUCGACCACUGCGUGCGACAAUAUGUAGGAUCAGGCAUAAGGGCUGGCUUAGUUCCUCUCAACGACAAGGAGAUCUACUGGUUCUUCAGUGGCAUAACGCCUAAAGGGACUUCCCUGGCAGAAGAUCCUGAAGAUAUACAAAAAGAACUGCUUGAACAUUAUGCCAAGGAUCUCCCACCUUUAUACCUAGACGUGGUGAAGCACGCAGAACUUUCGACAUUAACAUGGGCGCCACUGAUGUUUAGGUAUCCCUGGAACGUAGUGUUUGGCAACUUAAGCAAGCAAAACAUCACGGUGGCCGGUGACGCCAUGCACCCUAUGACACCUGACCUAGCACAAGGGGGUUGCUCAGCAUUAGAAGAUGCAGUGAUCUUAGUUAGGCAUAUUGGGACAUCCUUUGUAAAGAACGGACAUGUACUUCUACCAAAAGAGGUGACUGGAGUACUGGGGAAAUAUGUGGAAGAAAGAAAGUGGCGGGUGGCUUUGUUGAUCACAGGGUCAUAUAUAUCAGGAUGGGUGCAGCAGGCAGGAUCCGGAUGGGGUAUGAAAUUCUUGAGAGAUGCCAUAUUUUACAAGUUCCUUUUCCUUAAGAUGGUGCAGUACGUAAACUAUGAUUGUGGAAAACUUGAUUUCUAAAAUGCAUAUCAUCCAUGGUACGUGGAGAUCAAUAUCUGACUAUGAACGAAUUGAUGAUUCUUCUACGAGAUGUGAUAUCAACUUCAGGCAAUAAAAGAAAGAAGUUGAAAGUACCAAUUGUCAACUGAUUUUAGUGAGACCUAAGAAGAGCCAAUGUAUUCGAC